AGAUCAUAAAAAAUGUAUCCCCCAUUUUUUGAUGCCCCACCAUCUUUGCUGAAAAAACCAGAUGGCUCCAUAUUAUUCGAGUGCAUAUGUAAUGGCAGUCCUCAACCGAAAAUUCAAUGGUUCUUCAAGGAUAAAGAACUGACAGAUCCCCGAUAUGAGCAGAAAAUCAAGAAAAGUGUUGGAAAGUGGACGGUCACUUUGGUUAUGAAGAAUCCUACGCAAGAGGACCAAGGAGUAUACAAAGUCGUAGCAACGAACCAAGCCGGCACUCACUCCGUUGAACAAAAAUACAUUCAUAUCUGCACUGCCAACGAAGUUUUCAAAACUUCAUAGGAUAUCGCUUUCGUUUCAUUGAUAACGCUGCUUGAUUACGCAUCUAUUUGUUGAGGUAUGCUAGGUUUAGAUCUUUCACUCACUCGUUCUUUUUCAAGUUUUUACCGUCCUCCAUUUCUGAUUCACUCACAUUGUACAUUUCAUCCUGUGUAAUUUUGUAGAAAUGCUGUUAUAUGCUUGCUCAAAAAUGAACUCAUUGAUUAACUAUGC